GUUGAAGUGCCAAAAUCUAUUCGAGAUGAAGUCGCAAAACAUCUGAUGGAAAACAAGACCAAGGACGUCAUGAAACAAGUAAAAGUGCCUUGGCUCACUUUUGAACCAAGAAUUUUAAAGAAUCUUCAGAAUGGUCCGCGUCUCAACCCUAAUGAUGUAGAUAAAAUUGUGCGAAGAACUAUAGCGAAUUUGGAAUUUUAGAUACAACUGCUACUGUGCCCAUGUUAAACAAAGUUGCUGAAGAAAUGGUUACUCUAUAUCCUGAAACAUUUGAAGACCGUAAGAGCGAUGGAGUCACAAGACGCGGGAAUGGUACUGCAGCUAUUUUGAGCAAACUUGUAAACCAUCAAAAUUAUUUGACAAGAAAACAGACUGGUACGUUAACCAAAAAAUUAAAAAUUCCUCUAGCAAAACAGAAAAAAUUAAAGUUUGUGAAGUCUGGAUGUAUCAACUAGCAGCCAGUAUCUAUACCACCAGAAGAGACUAAAGAAACGAUUGAACAAAAGAGACUCACUAUUUUUGAAUAUAAAACAUUCAAUGUAGAAGAUAAUGAAGAGUUUAAUUUCAUAACGAAUAUUCUACAACAAACGUUUGCAACUCAAAGAUCUUUCAUAAAUAAUACGGCUCCAGAGGCAAUAUCAAUACAUGCAAUAUUGAAGGAAUGGCCCUGUUUAUUGCACAAGGAUAUUCUGUACAUUCAUUUCCAAUUACUUAUUCAAGCAUCCGUGAAGAUAGCAAAAGAAAAAUUUACUGCAGAUAUUUUGAAGGUUUUAUCAUUGGGGCUAAUGAAAUCUUAUAUUUUAAAAGACAGCAUUCAUUCCCAAAAUCAUGCUUUUUUAGUCAUGCAAAUAAUUUUCAAACAUUUUAAUGAGAAUUAUGAAGAAACUUUCAUUCCAGUUGAGAAUGAAUCUCAAAUCAGUGAUUUAACGUUGUACAGUGCUGAUCCGUGUAUUUUGGAACUGAACAAAGAGCCUAAAGAAUUUCUACUGGUAAAAGAUUGUAACGUUUUUGAGAGGACCGAUUCGAUUGUCGACGCUGUAUUUAUUAUGGUUGCUGCUUGCUUUGCCUUCAAUCAUCUUUACCAUGACUAAAGGAGUUAUUUUUUGGAGUUCAUUCAGAAAUUUUAUUUCGAAAUUUUUGCGAACGAUCAAACAACUAGGGCUCGUUUAUCUAAAAUUUCUAAGAAAGUUAACAUUCUUCAAAAUGUUCUUACUAAAAUUGAAAUUAGCGAGAUACUUUUUCCUACGGUCGAGGGAUCUUAGAUUUUAAUAUUUUAUUAUUAUUUAUUUGUUAAUCUAUUUAUUUUAUUUAAAUAUUUGUAGUGUCCUGAUUACAGAUAUUAAUAGUUCAUGUUCCUAAGGUGUUACUUUUUUGCAUUACAUUUGUAGUUUUACAGUUCUUUUUGCGAGUAUUCUAUUGUAUAAAUUUGUAUUGUCAUUACGAGCAUCAUGAUAAGUAUAAAAAAAUAUAAGAA